AUGGCGGACUCGCAGCUGUUCUGCGUGGCGGAGGAGCGCAGCGGCCACUGCGCCGUGGUGGACGGAAACUUCCUCUACGUGUGGGGGGGCUACGUGGAAGAGCAGAUAUUCUGGGGAUGGCAUAAUGAUGUCCAUGUAUUUGACACAAAAACACAGACUUGGUUUCAACCAGAAAUUAAAGGUGGAGUUCCACCACAGCCACGAGCCGCGCAUACGUGUGCAGUUCUUGGAAAUAAAGGUUAUAUCUUUGGCGGACGUGUUUUGCAAACUAGGAUGAAUGAUUUGCACUAUCUAAACUUAGAUACCUGGACUUGGUCUGGAAGGAUUCCUAUUAAUGGAGAAAGCCCAAAGCAUCGCUCAUGGCAUACUUUAACACCAAUAGCUGAUGAUAAGCUUUUCCUAUUUGGUGGACUAAGUGCAGAUAAUAUUCCAUUGAGUGAUGGUUGGAUUCACAAUGUCAUGACAAAUUGUUGGAAACAGUGUUCUUCGAUGAUGAAAUCCAGGCCAGAGUUAUGGCACACAGCCUGUUUGGGAAAAGAAAAUGAAAUAAUGGUAUUUGGUGGGAGCAAAGAUGAUUUACUUUCCUUGGAUACAGGUCACUGUAAUGAUUUAUUGAUAUUUCAAACACAGCCUUAUUCACUACUCAGAUUGAAAAUUCCUCAUAUGCAGGGAUUAAGAAAUAUUGGAGUGCCUACAUGGGAAGGCACCGUGCUAUGA